CUGCAGCUUUCUGCUUCAUUCUCUCUUUGCCCCUCGCCGUUUGUCCUCCCUUCACAGCUUUGUUCCAGUAUCUUCUUGACGAGUUUUUCUAACAGGCUUAAAAACAACAGGAUUAGAGAGAAUUAAAAAAUCCCCUUCUCUCUACAGGCCAUCUGCCUGUCCACCUGAGCCAGGGGCUGGACUCUCGGCACGGUGACACACACACACACAUACACCUUUCUGCCACACAGUGAACCAAACCAGGGACGGGCUCUAUUGUCAAAUGCUUUCUCAUCAUUAUUGGUCUUCCUUUGGCUUUGGAGAGUUUUGAACUAUGCAAACCCUUAAGCAGCUAUGUCGUCACUCGAGAGGAAAGACAUGUCUUCUUGAUCCCUUUCCGAGUCCACGGAUUUAAACCCAAUCACGGAUUUAACAUGAGCAGCGCUUCCUGGAGAAGUGUGUUCUUUUGUGCUCUCUUUAGCCUCACAGUCAUAAUUUUGAGCAGACUCUCAGAUGCCACGCUGGAAGGCUCCUCUAUGGGAUACCUGGGUAAGCCUUUUUCUCAGGAGCCGGUGGCGUUUCCUCAAAUCAUCCGGGUGUCUGAUGUGAAGGCAUCUCACGACGGCCAUGCCGUCACCUCUCGAAGGAAAAGGAAUAUCUUUUAUCAGAGUGGACUCAGACUGUGUGGACAAGAGACUGCCGAGGAGGUUGUUGCAAACCAUUUAGGCUAUUUUCACCUCAGAGUGUGCCAGGAAACCGUGUGGGAGGCUUUCAAGAUCUUCUGGGAUCGAUUGCCUGAGCAAGACGAGUACCAAAGCUGGAUGAGCCGGUGCCAGGAAGGCACAGUCGCUGUGCAGGAUAUCGGCAGCUAUUUUAGCCAGUCAGAGGAGCAUCAGGCUCUGGUCAAAGAGAGAAUGUCGCAUUCAGUUUUUAAAAGUGAGCCCACCCGGUCCUGGAAGCAUAUGUGCAGCACACCAACACCAGCGAGUUCAGAAACGGUUGAAGCCCCUGACUUAGGUCAGUGUCACUGCUGAUAGCAACCCUGCGACAUACUCGCAUGCUUAUUACAAACCUCAUCAGGAACGGUUGUGGUGUCGGAGUUAGCUACUUACUUGUCUUGUUGUGUGUUUAAUCCAUGAGCUUCACUUUAGUUCAGCUCAGCCUGAGAUUCUAGGACAGUUUAGGGUCAACAUUUCAUCGCGUUGCAACCACAAACUUUAAUAUAUUGGGAUUUUACGCGCUGGACC